UCUAAAAUAACGUGCACUGCAUAAUUUCCGGCCUUUAAUUUCAUCAAAUUUCGGUAAUUUUUUCGUCUGAGAUAAUGGCAGAUGUUGGAUUACUAUACAAAACAUUUUAAAGGACGUUUGUAAUUGAGCAUCAGCAUGUCCAAGAGUCCAUUUCACCAUCCUGAUGCUAGCCCUGAAGAAAUACAUUUAGUUAAUGAAAGACUUAAACUGAGAAGAGCUUUGCGUCAAGAAUAUUUGAGGAAAGCUACUGAUCCUCAUUCUACUGAUCCACUUAUUUUUGAUCCCAUGAUGCAAAGGUACUAUUCCAUGCAUAUGACAGUAGCUGAGAGAUUUAUACCAACAUUCAAGAACUGGGUAAAAUAUAUGUGUAGUAUCGUAGUCCCUGUUGUCGGCUUUGCAUUACUGCUUAAAUGGUCUCGGGACAAAACUGAGAGAAAAAUUCGUUCAGGAGAAAUUGAAUAUAAAGAUCGUGUAUUUAAGUAUCAAUAAGAAUUACUGCAGUGGAGCUAAAUUUAAAUAGUAAUAUUGUACUAAUGAAUUUAUUGUAGUUUUUGUUGAUAAAUAUAAUACUGAAGUUUC